AUGGCUCGUAGUCUCAAACUCCAUGCACUCAUUUUCCUUCUUCUACUCUUCUCCUUCUUCACCCUAUCCUUUUCAGAUUCGGCCCCAAUUUCCAAUCCACAGUGCGAAUCUCAGCUCCGGCAAGGUUGCCAUGACAGAGCGAGAUCCUUAAAACUCAAGCUCAUCGCCAUCGCUACCAUAUUAGUCUCCAGCAUGAUCGGCGUCUGUCUUCCCCUUCUCUCCCGCUCGGUGCCGAUGCUUCAACCAGACGGAAAUGCGUUCGCAAUUGUUAAGGCAUUCGCCUCCGGCGUGAUUCUGGCCACUGGUUAUAUGCACGUUCUACCCGAUUCCUUCGAUUGCUUGACAUCCCCCUGUUUGCCGGAGAAUCCAUGGCGGAAAUUCCCUUUCACCACAUUCAUAGCAAUGCUUUCUGCUUUAAUGACUUUAAUGUUGGAUUCGUUUUCAAUGAGUCGCUACAAAAAGCACUUGAUGGUGGAGGAUCGAGAUGCGGAAGAAGGAAAUUACGAGGGCAAGGAAAUGGGUGGCAAUUUGGGGAGAGAAGAAGGAAGCGGUAAGAGAAUUGGUUCAAAACUGCUACGAUACCGUGUUAUUGCGCAGAUAUUAGAAGCAGGGAUCGUGGUUCACUCGGUGGUGAUAGGGCUAUCGAUGGGAGCGUCGGAGAAUCCGUGCACCAUACGGCCGCUCAUCGCCGCGCUCUGCUUCCAUCAGCUGUUCGAAGGGAUGGGGCUUGGGGGAUGCAUUUUGCAGGCGGAAUACGGAGCGAAGAUGAAGGGGACGAUGGUGCUGUUCUUCUCAAUUACGACGCCGUUUGGAAUAGCGUUGGGAAUUGGUUUGUCGAAUGUGUACAGCGAGAAUAGUCCCACGGCUCUGAUAGUUGUGGGAAUUUUGAAUGCUGUAUCUGCUGGGUUGCUGAAUUAUAUGGCGUUGGUUGAAUUAUUGGCGUAUGAUUUUAUGGGGCCUAAGUUGCAAAUCAAUCUCAAACUUCACAUAUCGGCUUAUGCAGCGGUUCUGUUGGGCGUUGGAGGCAUGUCUUUGAUGGCAAAAUGGGCCUAGUUUUGAGAGAGGAGAAGUUAGAAUCAUUAUUCUUUUUUUUUUUUUUCCU